CUUAUAGAUAAAUAUUUAGACGAAGAAGGAAAUUGACAUUGAAGUAGAACUGACAUCUAAUCAUCAAGGAUAUUUUGAACUUUCUCUAUGUCCCAACAAUAAUCCUGCAAUUGACGCCACACAAGAAUGUUUUGAUAGGUAUCCACUUUAUCUAUCAAGCACUGGAGACUUAAAGUAUAUCAUUCCGGUAGAGUCAGAGAAAAAUGCUGUUUUUAGGUAUAAGGUACAGCUUCCACCUUUUCUAACGUGUACCCAGUGCGUUCUACAAUGGACUUACUAUACAGGAAACAUGUGGGGAACUUGCGAUAAUGGUACUGAGGCUGUCGGCUGCGGAAAUUCAGAGAUGUUCAAGAACUGUGCAGAUGUCAAUAUUGUGACCAGUGUUGCGGGUUUACCACCAAUCUUUGCGCAACAGUUAAGCAAUCCAUUCUUGCUUUACUACAGAGAUUACGCAUCACCAAGCAAUGCAUCUCCUUUGAUUAUUAGAUCGCAAGUGUGUGUGCCAAACUCCUCUUAUCAACGAAUUCUAGGAAUGGAUAAGUGGUGCCAAACAAACUGUCUUCGAUACCCACCAAACUGUCCUUCAUCUAUUUGUACAUGUCUAACAGAUUGUCAGCCACAAGGAGAAAUAGCAGGAAGAAAGGGAGCCAUAGCAUAUUGUUUAGAUCAGUGCUUAGUAUAUCUAAGUAAAUGUCCAGCUAACAAGUGCCAUUGCUUUUGAUUUUAAAUUGAUUUAGAAAGUGU